UAGGUGCUCUGUUCCCGGAGUGUAAGCAUAUUGGAUAAAGAAACAAAUUAACUCUACGUAAAUAAAGAAUGAAAUUCAGGUGACUGGACGCCUUGGGUUACAACUAGCCUAGAUAAGAUAUUACUUCCUGCCACAGAUGGGGGCAGGUGCGCACAAACAGAACCAGGAAGAGAGUUACAGACAUGGAUGUUUAAGUAAAGUCAUUGUCUUCGGUGCUUUGGUCCUUCACACACACAUUUGUGCACAGGUACUAUAUAACACGCAGACACAAGCUCACACAUGGUUUCUCGUCUCUUCUUCUCCCUCCUCAUCUUCUCCAGACUCUCAGGAACGGACGGGAUUAGGUUGAUGUCUGUGUGGACAGGAGACUCCAUCGCCAUCCCAUGUAUCUAUCAUCAGGAUUACCUAAACAAUGUCAAAUACUGGUGUAAAGGGGAUUCCUGGAUUACAUGCUCUUAUGUGGUACGCACUGACCAUCCCAACAGCAGUGGUAAAACCUCAAUAUCUGAUGCCGUCAAUCUGAGAACCUUUACUGUGACUAUGAAAAGUCUAGAACAAAGUGAUUCUGAUAUUUACUGGUGUGUAGUGGAGAAGAACGGACCAGAUGAAUGGCUAGAAUUGUUCAAACUAGUCAUUACAGACAGUCCUAUUGUUGACCAAGAGGAGACUGGAGUUGAGGGGGGUAGUGUUUUUACAUCAAUACCAACUAUUCAAGAGAUGUUUGCAGUUCAAACCACAACACAGUUUACCACCACCAUCACAAUGCCAAUGCCAACUACCCAAGAGCUCGCAGUUAUGAUGGGAGAAUAUGCACUCUCCUCUUCCACCUCGCAGGCCUCAGUCAACAACACACACCAUGGAGCCCAGCGAUGGGAGCGAACAUUAUUCUACCUGCCGAAAACUGUUAAUGCAGUGGUCUUCCUCUUGUGCACCAUCAUGGCUGUGGUGAAGUAUAGGACAAACCGACUCCGAGGUCAAACUGAGGAUGAGUAGAAACCUCUGAGGUGCCGCUUGGAGUAUCACUUCACACACCACUGUGGACACACUCUCACAUUCACUCACUAUGGAAAAGUUAUUCAAUGUGUUUAACAGACAUCUCAAGUGUUUCAUGGUUAGCCUAUGUGUACUUGUAAAAUGGAACUCAUGAUGACCAAAGUGUUGUUGACAGAUAGUUAUUAAGUUGAUUCAUAGUUGAUAUUUGGUCAUUUUGCAUCCUAGGGACAUUUUGAAGUUAUAUAUCUUGAAAACUUGAUUGCUGACAAGCAAAACAUUUUGGGACGAUGUCAACAAUGGACUAAUGAAACAAAUACCAAAAGACAGUUUCUGGGUGGAGUUUUCCUUUAACAAAUCCUCUCCCUUGAAUCAGAGCCUUGGAAUACCAGUCUGUCUAUGUUCUCCAGCUUUAUAAAUGGAAUAUGAAUGCCUUGCUAAUAAACCAUUUU